ACAGGUGAGUCAGGUGAUACAGGUGAGUUAGGUGAGUCAGGUGAGUCAGGUGAUACAACAGGUGAGUCAGGUGAGUCAGGUGAUACAGGUGAUACAGGUGAGUCAGGUGAGUCAGGUGAUACAGGUGAGUCAUUAGGUGAGUCAGGUGAGUUAGGUGAUACAGGUGAGUCAGGUGAGUUA